AUGCGGGUCGAGUUCUUGCCGCCGUAUUCACCUGAUUUCAACCCCAUUGAGCUAGCAUUCUCGGCAAUAAAGUCUCAUAUACGCCGUCACGGUGAUCUUGUCCGAUCGACUAUGGUUUCAGCUACUGAUCAAGCUGAUGCUGUGGCAAAGCUGUGGGAGGCUGUUUGGUCUGUAACCCCUCAAGAUGCAGAAGGGUGGUUUGCGCACUGUGGAUAUGACAUUGUGUAA